CUCCUUUACCGCUUAUCUCACUCUAUACGAACACAAAAACGAUGUCAAUUGAAGCUCCAUAGCUGAGUACCGCCACUUCUAGCUGGUAGAAAGCUAACAGUCCGCCGGGGAAGGAAGAGCAGCUCGAAGUGGCGGUGCUCUUUUUUUUUUUUUUUUUUUUUAAAUAAAUUUUCUGAUUAUUCUUUUGUUAUGUUGCUCAUUCCAAUCUGUGCUGGUACGUUUUGGGUUUUCCUCAGUCUUAUUGAACAGUGAUUUGGGUAUGAUGUUAUGUGGGCUGCUAUGGGGAGGCCUGUUCUGUUGUGCAAUCACAAUAAUUUCUCUAUAGCUCAAGGUUUUGCUUAUGGGUCUGCCUAUAUUUCCAAAAAGAUCCUCUUUUUAUUUCAUAUUUGUGGGGUUGCGAGAAUUGGGUGUUUUUGGGAGGAAGAAAAUCGUUGUAGAAAGAGGGUAUUGUCGAAAUUUUGGUGGUGUUUCGUCCGCUUUAGUAUUGGAUGAUUCUGAUUCUUGCUCAAAUGGUGAAAGCAGUGGGGAAUAUGAGCCAAUUGUUCCGAUUAUUUCGAGGAAAAGACUGCAUAGGUGCAAGGAGCUGGGACUAUGUUCUGUUGUUUUGAGGGUGUACAAAUCAUUGAGCUGGGAGGUAGCUAGAGAUAUUCGUUUCGAAAGAGCAAUGGAAAGGUAUGGGCUUUUCGAAUCGAUCACCGCCUUUAAGAUGCUUGUGCAUAUUUUUGCAUAUGUUGGAAUGCGUAUGGAAAUGUAUGCCUUGCUUAAAGAUAUUGUUUUCUAUUUCCAGAAGGCUGGGUUUGAAUUAGAUAAGCUUCUCCCGCAUUUGCUCAAUUCACCUAAUAAUGCAAAAAUAUCAGCUUUUGUGGUUGAUGUUCUUAUCAAGGUUUUUGCUGCGAAUAAAAUGCUUGAAAAUGGAGUCAAUGCAUACUUCUAUGCUAAGAAACGUGGGCUUAGAUUAAGUAAUUUCUCGUGCAACUUCUUGCUGAAAUGCUUGGCAGAAGCGAGCAGGAGGGAGCUUCUUCGAGCUUUGUUUGAAGAGAUGAAGCAGUUUGGACCAUCGCCCACUGUUUAUACAUACACAAUUAUGGUGAGCUUCUAUUGCACGCAUAAGGUGGAUAUAGAAGAAGCGGCCAAUAUUAUGGAGGAAAUGAUUACUAGAGGGAUUAGCCCAUCUGUUGUAACACAUAGUGUUUAUAUCCAUGGACUAUGUAGAGCUGGAUGUGUUGGCUGUGCUUUGAAUUUCAUUCGAGACUUGAGGCAUAGAAAUCAACUACUAAACGCUUAUUGCUAUAAUGCUGUUAUUCAUGGAUUAUGUGAAAAGGGUGAAGUAGUUGAAGCUAUGAAUCUUUUCGAAGAAAUGAAGAGUUGCGGAGUUCCACCAGAUGUAUACAGCUAUAGUAUUUUGAUUGAUGGGUUUUCCAAAUGCGGGAAUGUUGAGAAAGGUCUUUGUUUAAUAGAGGAGAUGGAAGAUAGGAGCAUAAAACCAUCGCUUAUUAGCUAUAGUUCACUCUUAGAUGGUCUUUGCAGAUCGGGACUGAAGGAAACAUCAAUUAAUUUGUUUUAUAAGUUAGAGGAAUUUGGAUAUAAGCAUGACCGGGGUGCAUACCACAUCUUAAUAAAUGGACUUUGCUUGCAGGGUGAUUUGGUCUCGGCUCAUAAGCUCUUAGAGGAGAUGAUCAUCAAGAACUUGACCCCCAAUAUCUUUACCCUCAAUUCUAUUGUUAAUGGUUACUGUAGUGAAGGGCAUAUAAUGGAAGCUUUGCAUCUCAUUGAUGAGACAAGAGGCCAAGGCGUUAUUCCUAAUCUCCAUACAUACAAUGCAGUAAUUAAUGGGCUGUGCAAAGAAGGUAACUCAGAGAAGGCACUGGAAGUAAUACCGUUAAUGCUUAAGAUGAAUAUAUUACCCGGUGUUGUAAAUUAUAGCACUCUUAUUAAUGGUUUUGCUAAACAGUUAAACUUCCGGAAGGCCUUUCUGCUGUUCACAAGAACGCUAAAAGUUGGGGUUACACCGGACAGAACCAUGUAUACCAUUAUCAUUAAUAUGUUAUGCACGAUGGGCAAGGUGAACGAAGCCUAUAAACUUUUUAGGGAAAUGGGCUUUGAGGGAUUGAAUCAUGACAAUAUCUCUUACACAUCUAUUAUAGCCGGAUUUUGUAGAGUUGGAGAUAUGAACAAAGCAUUGGGAUUGUUUGAAGACAUGAAAAGAAGAGAAAUCUUGCCUUCUGGUGUUACGUAUACUUGUCUAAUAGAUGGGUUUUGCAAGGUCAAUCGUAUCGAUAUGGCCAACUGGUUGCUAGAUGAGAUGAGAAGGCAGAAUGUGUGUCCGGAUAAGGUUACUUAUACGAUUCUGAUACGUGCAUACUUCAGACUUGGACAAGUGGGUAGGGCUAAUGAGCUGUUUGACCAAAUGAAGAAGGAAGGCAUUGUUUCAAGCGACUUAUUCAAAGAUGAAAGGCGAAAAAUUGGAGGAAGCUAGUUCAACGAUGAUAUGUAGCAUUUGCUACUAAGUUCAGUUGAAAGGAAGGUGCUUUGUGUACUAGCCACAAAAGCAUUAAUACCCUUGCCUGUUGAAGAUCAAGGCAUCGAACUGCUACACUGACUUGUUGAUCAAAUGAACAGUGCAUUCUGUUACGUGAACGGAUACAUCAGCAUAAAGAUGUUAAGAGACAAAAAUAGAACCAGCAUGUAUACUUUCUCUUGACCAUCCAGAAAAGGAAAUGUAGAGGCCCAUGAUUUAAAUCUUUCUUGAACCAACUCCCCAUGGAUGGAUAAUGGGUGUGCUCAGUAAAUAGCUUAUAACUGAUUGGGUUAGUGGGUUUGACUAGUUGAUAGCAUUAGCUGAUUGUAGAAA